GUAGAGAAGAUUAAUACGGGUUCAAUGGCGGGUCAAUUCUCCAAUUUGCAGGCUCUGCUAGCGAGAGAUUGGGAAGUUCGAGUUUGGCAUAUAUUUUCAGGGAAGCAAAUUUUGCAGCCGAUCACUUCGCGUCUAGCUUAAAUUUUCGGCUCUUGCAUGAUUUACAUGGCGUGUCUUAUAAUCGUCAUGUUUAGUUUCUUUUUUGUUUAGUCUUUGCCUCUCUCACUCGUGCCAAAAAAAAAGAGUGCAAACAUAAUUUGCAGAAAUGAUGAGCAGAAAGCAUAGAGUAGAAUAUGUGCAGACUGUUUUACUUAUAAUCAUUCAUUUCACAGUUUGUACUUCUUUUGACACCAUUACUGUAAAUCAAACCAUUAUAGAUGGUAACCUUGUUAUCUCCAAACACAAUAAUUUCGCGCUUGGAUUUUUUAGCCCCGGAAAUUCCAACUUGAGAUAUGUCGGAAUAUGGUAUUAUAAAGUAGGACAGAAAACUGUUGUGUGGGUAGCAAAUAGAAACCAUGGAAUUCAUGGUUCUUCGGGAAUUUUGUCGAUAAAUCGCAAAGGAAACCUCGUUUUGUAUGACAGGGAAGUGAUCGUAUGGUCCACGGGAAAUCUUUGCCAGAACUGUGUAGCUCAGCUGUUGGAUUCAGGAAAUUUGGUUGUGACAACUAAAAAUGUUUCUUUCUGGCAAAGCUUUGAUUAUCCUACGGAUACUCUGCUACCGGGAAUGAAACUUGGGUUCAACCGAAACACAGGCCUGCACCGGGUUUUAAAAUCAUGGAAAUCGGCAGAUGAUCCUGCAAUUGGAGAGUACUCACUUGAAGUUGAUCCCUCAGGAUUGCCACAAAUCUUCAUGUACAAGGGCAGAAAUCCUAUUUGGAGAGCCAUUCCAGUGCCACUAAAAACUUAUGUGGACGUCAGGAACUACAGUUUUGUGAACAAUGAAGAAGAGAUAGCCUUUUCCUUCUUCAUUCUUGAUGAUUCCGUAAUCCUGAGAAUUGUGUUGGACUACUCCGGAGAUCACAAGCACGUGACGUGGCAUGAAACUGAGAAAAAAUGGAAGGAGAUCUGGUCUGCACCCAAGUAUCAAUGCGAAUCAUACAGACGUUGUGGCAUUAAUAGUAAGUGUGAAGCAAAGGUUGUUAAUCGAGUAUUUGAAUGCGAUUGCUUACCUGGGUUUGAACCGAAAAACCCAAGAGACUGGUAUAUUCUGAGAGACGGAUCCGGCGGGUGUGUGAGGAAACCGCAGGAACCGUUUUGCACAGAUGGAGAAGGGUUUGUGAAACUGGAACGCGUUAAAGUUCCUGAUACGAGAGCAGCAGCAUGGGUGAACAUGAGCACAAGUACUCGAAAGGAUUGCGAAGAAGAAUGCCGGAAGAGUUGUUCAUGCGCUGCUUUUGCAAGCAUAUAUAUUAUUGACAAAGGGUCUGGUUGCUUUCUUUGGUUUGGUGAAUUGAUUGAUACAGUUGGUAACUCUGGCCGGGGAGUUGAUCUUUAUGUUCGUGUGGAUGCACAUGAAUUAGCAUCUUCCAAGAAAUCAAAAAGAAUUUUUGGAAUGGAGAGUAUGGUUUUCAUUUUAGUACUAUCUGUUUUUUCAGCUUGGUUUAUGCUUUUCCUAAUUGCAUAUUUGUUAGUCAAGAGAAACAGGACAAGGGUAAGAGGUAGAUGGAAGCAAAGGUUUGUACGGACUUUCCGCCAAACGGGAGACGGUAGACGUCCGCUAGACAUAGCCUUUUACAAUCUCACCACUAUACUCGCUGCAACCAACUGUUUUUCUCCAACUAACAAACUAGGAGAAGGCGGUUUUGGCUCUGUUUUUAAGGGAAAACUAGCUAAUGGACAAGAGAUUGCUGUGAAAAGGUUGGGGGAGAAUUCAGGACAAGGAAUAGAAGAAUUUAAAAAUGAAAUUAUGCUAAUUGCAAAACUUCAACACAAAAAUCUUGUCAAACUUCUAGGAUGUUGCAUUGAAGGAGACGAGGUGAUGUUAAUUUAUGAGUACUUGUCAAACAAAAGCUUGGACUUUUUGCUGUUUGAUGAAGUUAGAAGGUCAGACUUAAAUUGGAGAAAACGCUUUAGUAUUAUUGUUGGAAUAGCCCGCGGGAUCUUAUACCUACAUCAAGAUUCAAGAGUGAGAAUUAUUCACAGAGAUUUGAAAACUAGCAAUAUUUUAUUAGAUGAAGAGAUGAAUCCGAAAAUUUCAGAUUUUGGUAUGGCCAGAAUAUCUCAAAGCGAAUUAAUUCAAGAAAAAACAACCAAAAUUGUUGGAACCUUUGGCUAUAUGCCGCCUGAAUAUGUUGUGUUCGGAAGAUAUUCAACAAAAUCUGAUGUCUACAGCUAUGGUGUAAUAUUGUUAGAGAUUAUUUCGGGCAAGAAGAACAAUAACUUUUGUAAAGAGAAUACUUCCUUAACUUUGAUAGAACAUGUUUGGGAGUUAUGGAAAGAGAAUAAAGUAUCGGAAAUAGUUGAUCCGCUACUUGAUGAGACAUAUGACUGUGAUAAAGCCUUGAGAUACAUUCAAACCGGAAUGUUAUGUGUACAACGAGAUGAAACCGACAGACCGACCAUGUUCGAUGUUGUUCUGAUGUUAAAUAGUGAUAUAUAUAUCCCUGCGCCCAAAGAGCCUGCAUUUGUUGCCCGUAAUCAUUUAUGUAAUAACUCCAAAGUUUUGAUGGGAGAAGAAAUAUCAUGCUCUAUAAAUGAGAUGACCAUCACAGUGAUGGUGAGUCGCUAAUUGUGAUAGUUAAAUCAAUAAUUUCCAGAAUAUGCAUAUUUAUAUUUCUAAUUUAUGUCUACCAUCGAAAACGAUUUCGAGAU